CGGUGUCAAUUGCAGCUGAACUACUCCUACAAAGUACAGAGCCAGUUCCUUACUCCCUUACUGUUCAAGAACCCUAGAAUUGUCUCCUCCCAAUUACUGAAAUUAAAAAUGAAAAUCCACCAUCGCCGGCGAGUUCCCUGGUCGGAAUUACCGUUGGAACUGCUAAUCGCCAUCGCAGAACGUCUUGAAACCCGAGCUGACAUUCUCCAUUUCCGGCGAGUCUGCAAAACAUGGCGAUCAUCCUCCCCUCUUUCACUGCUCACCUCAAAAAACAUCUUAUCGCCUCUCUUCCCACACAAUAUGGGUGGCAACAAAGUGUUAGUGGCAACUUCCAUAUUUCUGGUUCGUUCAGCUGUCAAUCCCAAGCUCUCACCAUGGUUAGUCACCGUUGAGGAGUCAAACCCAGGUAAACUCUGCAUUAGAGUACCCCUUUCUCGUUUAAUUGCUGAAAAUUUGCCUGAAGAUUUUCCUGAAGAUUUGAAUUUAUCUCAAUUUAACGUUUCGGAAUUGGCUAGGUUUUAUACUUAUAAGAUUGUGGAUAAGAAUUCCGACGACUGUAGUAGCGAUUGUGCUGUCAAGUAUUAUGAUGAUCCAGUCCUAAAGCCCCCUUUAAGUAAUAAGGUAGUUUUGUUUGUGAAUCCGAAUUGCAACACUUCGUCCCCGAAAGCUGGUGAUUGUGCUCUUGUAGAGUUGUCUAAUCAUGGUGUUGCAAGGAUUGAAAUUGGGGAAAAUCAUGAUGAAUUUAUACGGUGGGGCAAGUUUGUUUUUGAGGGAAGGCGGAGCAAGUUUGUUGAUAUUGUUAAUUACAAGGGGAGGAUCUAUGCACUUGAUUGUUUUGGUAGGCUGUGGUCAUUGGAUUAUCAUUCGUUAAAGAUGUUGAGCAUUGUAAAGGAAGUGUUGAUUGAUUGUAUGGGAAGCGAUACCAAGAAACGGUUGGCUGUAUCUUGUGGUGAAUUGUAUUUUGUCUAUACUAGACAAGUUAGCAUUGGAUUUCAAACCUUUAAGGUUUAUAAGCUCAAUGAGGAGGAAAAGAAAUGGGAUAUGUUAGAAGGUAUAGGUAAUGAUAGGAUAUUGUUUGUUACUUUUGAUGGUUGCUUUUUUGCCUCGGCCAAGGAUUUUCCAAGGUGGAGAGGCAAUUGCAUUGUAUCACCGAAAGAUAGUUUCUAUCGAUAUCUUUCUAACACGUUCUCAAGUUAUGACAAGGUGUCCGAUUAUAUUAUUGUUUAUCACUUUGAGGGAGGUGGUCGUGGUCCUACUAUGUCCCCUAUAGAUUCUUGUCCAAGCUAUUCCGAGGUCUUAUGGCCACCCCCUUCAUGGCUUUGGACAAAUGCUUGUUUGGUCACAUGUGAAGAAAAAGAUGGAAAAGAUGGUCAAGAAAAAGAAGACGGAGAAGAUGAAGUAGAAGAAGAUGGAGAAGAUGAAGUAGAAGAAGACGGAGAAGAUGAAGUAGAAGAAGACGGAGAAAAGUUGAACAGCGACUCCCCUAGUCAAAUUGCUCCAGAUCUCAUCUCGGAGGAGGAGAUGUCCCCCAACAAUGUGCAGGUUACCAAGGGCACUCAAAAUGUUCUAGAGAACGUUGCUCAUGAAGAGUUCAAGAAUCAAGCCAAUGUUGAUUCAGCUCCAGCAGUGAAUUCUCCUCUUAAGUGUUUUGAAAAGGAUAUCUCACAAUCAAAAUUCCUAGGAGUUGAUGUAAGCUCUCAUUUGGUCCCGAUAUUGCAGAAGAUUUGGACUAAGCAUGGAAACAUAACGGAGGGGCAUGUAGUCACCAGUAAUUACCUCCUUACUUGGGCCUUAGAAUCUCUUGCAAAGAUAAUUAUCAUUCUUCAAAGUGACCCAGGGAGGUCCUUAGAUGACUCCCAAGCUAAAUAUUUGAAGUCAACAAUACGUGACCUUCAGUUAAUGGGAUUUAAACUAGACUGGCUAGUCCCUUUUGUAGAAAAGGCUUUGUUGCUUCACAAAAACAAGGUUAUCAUGGAGCUUGAGAUGGCAAAAUCCAAGCUCCAAACAGAAUUGCGCGAAGUUGAAGGAAAAUUGGCCGAACAAGGAGAGCUUGCCCCGGAGAGCCAAUUGGUCUCGGCUUCACUAUAUUUGAAAGAUGUGCUUAGCUGAAGGACAAUGUUCAGCCCUCUGCCUCUUCUGCUAUAUGGAAUUCGGAGUCAGGAGGCAGGGUUUUCAAGCUGAUAUAUUAGCUACACUCUUGAAGACGCAUCACCAGGUUUUACGUAUGGAUGAAAGUUUUUGUUCCACCGUGUUUUGGUGGUUUUGCAGCAGACCAUGUACAUAUUGAUGUUUAGGAUAAACCUUUAUGUGAUCCUUGUAGUUGCAGGAUUAACUACGGCCUCUGCAGGAAGAAAGUUGUUGUCUAGUACGAGAACCUGCUGACCUUGUUUUUCAUCUUUUGUAAACUGAUUGUCAUGUAUAUAUAAAUCUAAGUAAUCAAUUCAACUCAAUGCAAGUAAAGUAUAUAAAUCCAAGCUAGGGUUGUUUGA